UUAGGUAGUACGGUUGGGGGAAAUACGCGGGAAAGAAGAAGAUGUGUUAAUGUAUAAUGGAGCAAAAAAACAAAAAAAAAAAGUUUGAUUUGGUUAAUGCUGUUGUCAACGACGACGUGUUCCCCUCUUAUGUUUCUCCCUUCAUCUCCCUCUAUAUUACAACUUCAUUUCCCUUCUCUCUCUUCCCACAUUUCUCUCUCUCUCUAGAUCUUGAUAUUUUCCUCUUGAUUCGAUCUCAACAAUGGCGACGGUAAGAAGAAGAAUCUCUUCAGACUUUACCCUUCAUCAUAUGAUGAUCAUCCUCAUAUAAAGUCUCUAGCUUUUCUUAUCUCUAGUGAAUGCUCUGUUUUCUGGUGCAGGAAAAUAAAGGGAAGCCAUUGCCAAAGUUUGGUGAAUGGGAUGUGAACAAUCCCGCAUCAGCCGAAGGCUUCACAGUCAUUUUCAGCAAAGCUAGUGACGAGAAGAAGACCAAGAAAGCAUCCGGCGCUGGCCCUAAUAGUCUGGCUACACCUCAGAGAAACCAUAACUCCGAUCAAAACAAUCACCUUGAUUCCCAAAACCCAAAAGCUAAGAAUAAAUGGUUUUGCUUCCGUUAAAUCCUGCCAUCUUCUGAAGAAUCCGAGUGGCAUAGCGAAGCUGAAGAAGUUAGCAGAGAGAGAUCUCAAACAAAGUGAAACGAAAGGGAUUAACAGUUUAAAGACCAUACUACACCUUCAGUUUUCUUUUUCUGUCUUCUGCUGAUAUUAUACUUGUUCAGUAUACUUUUUUGUUCCUUUCCUUUUAUUUGCCUUGCCAACAUUUUGCCCACACAAUGGAUAUAAAUUCUAUCUUCUGACUCCAUCUAAGAACUUGGUUUCUGAUGGAAAUAAGAUUUUGAGACAUAGUUCUUCUCAGACAUAAUGCUAUCCUUCAUAUCGAUGAAACAA